UUUAGAUGAAAAGUAAAAAUAUAUUGAAUGGGUAAUUUCCCUGCACGUGGGAUGGCCUUCAAGUUCAAGCUCUAUUUAAGUCCAGUUGUUGCCCUCAACUCUGCUCUCACAACAUCAUCUCCUUUUCUCUCUCAGAAUUUGUUGGCGUGUGCAAUCAUUCUCGGUGUCUCUCUAAGCAUAAUGGCUGAAAUUGUCCUCACUCUCGUUUCCCCUCUCGUACAGGCUGCAGUUACCAGUGCAACUUCAUUUGCUGGUGCAAAAAUCAGCCUUGAUUGGGAUUUGGAGAAGGAGCUGAGGGAGCUGGCUCUGUCACUGGCUAUGAUCCAAGAAGUGCUCAAAGAUGCUGAGGAAAAACAGGAGAGCAACCAAGCUGUAAGACUUUGGUUACAGCAUCUUGCAGAUGUAGCUUAUGAUGCAGUGGAUGUGCUGGAUGAGUACGCUUAUCAGGUCCUUAAGCACAAAGCCAAGACUCAAGACCAGAAGAGGAAACAUGUGAGCACUUUGUCUUGUCUAUACAAGACUCAAGGCCAAAAGAGGAAACAGGUGCGCUCUAUCACUUGUCUCUCCAAGUUCACUUCCUUUCCUUCUAAUAUGGCUGAAAAAAUUAAGAAGAUCAAUGAAUCUCUAGAUAAACUCCCAAAGAAUGUAGCUUGGCUUCAGCUUAUUAAAUCCAGCGAUGAACCCCGUUCCAUUGGGAGGCAGUAUGUUAAGACAGACUCUGUAAUUGAUUGUUCAAAAGUUGUGGGGAGGUGUAAUGAUGUCUCAGAUAUUGUCAAAACGUUGUGUGAAAUGUCCUGUCAACACCACCUCUCUGGCAUUUCGAUAGUAGGCAUGGGGGGCAUAGGCAAGACAACGUUGGCAAAAUCAAUAUGUGAGAUGGUAAAAGAGCAAAAGUUGUAUGAUCUAGUGGCUUGGGUGUGUGUAUCUGAAAAUUUUGAUGAACAAAUAGUAUUUGGAGAAUUCAUGGCGUUAGAUCUCAAAAGCUUGCGAUCCUUGAAAUUAAAGGGAGGUUGGAAAAAGUUGCCAGCUUCUCUUGGCAAAUUGAAGCAUUUGAGGUACCUUGACAUCUCAGAAACUCAUUUCAGAACAGUACCAAAAUCAUUCUCCAAGCUCUAUAAUUUGCAGACUUCAAAAUUUGUCAACUGUUAUAAUCUUGAAAAGCUUCCCAAUGGCAUGGCAAAUCUCAUCAACUUGAGGCAUAUCUAUUCUAGUCGUCCAAGGGAUAUAUCUAUCAUGCAGUUAACUUCCCUUCGAACAUUAUCACACUUUGCUGUGGGCACAAAAAAGGGAUGCCAGAUUGAACACCUUGGAUGCCUAAGCCAACUUGAAGGAAAACUAGAGAUUUCGAAGCUUGAAUAUGUACGAUCCAAAUUAGAAGCCUCUAAAGCAAACCUGAAAGAAAAGACAAAAUUGCAUCAAUUGAAAUUACGCUGGAGUAGUGGCUAUGAAAGAGCAGUCAACAACAACGAUGAAGAGGUUCUACAAAGCUUUCAACCUCAUUCAAAUUUGAAAAGCCUCACUAUUGAUGGUUAUAAAGGAAAGAUGUUUCCAUCGUGGAUCGUGAAUGAUGUCAGUAGUUCUGGUUCUUCAUUCCUUCUCUACAACAUGGUGGAGUUGUGGCUAAUUAACUGCUAUGAGUGCACGUGUAUUCCGAGUUUGGGACUAAUGCCUUGUCUCAAGGUUCUUUACAUUGAAAGAAUGGAAAAUGUUAGAAGAAUGGGUCACCAGCUUCAGCCCAGUGGAGCAGAAUCAAUUAGAUUGUUCCCAGCUUUGAAAACACUCACCGUGCGUGGCAUGAAAAGGCUAGAGGAAUGGGUUGAAGUUGUUGAGGAUGCAGUUGCAGGGAGCCAAGGUGUGAUCGUGUUUCCUUGCGUUGAGGAGUCGUGCAUUGUUGAUUGUCCUUUGUUGAAGACUUGGUCGAUGGGUGGAUUUUCAUCUCAUCACAAGCUCUCCGAGCUGCAGAUAUGCUGGUGUUCGAAACUGAUGGCUAUCCCUGGUGUAGAUGGGCUCUCAACUCUUAAAAAUUGCCAAAAUCUGAACUCCGUUCCAAGUAUGAAUGAGCUCACAUCUCUUGAAGGCCUCUACCUUUCUCGUUGCAAUGGAUUAACGUGUCUUCCAAUUGGACUGGACUCUUGCAUUUCAUUUCAGGAGUUGAAAAUUAAAUGUUGCCCUAAUUUAAUUUCCAUUUCUGACGAUAUCGAGAAAUUGCGUUCUCUCAGUAUUCUUAGAAUAACAGAUUGUGAAAAUCUAAGGAGCCUUCCGGAGGAGUGGCUAGAUAGCCUCACCCGCUUGAAGAAGUUACGCCUUGGUCCUUUCUGGUUGGAGUUGGAGGAAUUCCCCGGAUUGACCUCCAUUCAUCAAUUCCACGCCUCUCUUGAAGUAUUGAUCUUGUUGGGAUGGGAUAAACUAAAGUCUCUGCCACAUCAGCUUCGACAUCUCACUGCCCUCAAGCAAUUGAUGUUAGAGAACUUCAAUGGCCUAGAAGCUUUGCCAGAGUGGUUGGGAGACCUCUCUUCUCUUCACAGGCUGGUGAUUUGGGAUUGCUCUAAUUUGACUCAUCUGCCUUCUAUUGAAGCCAUGCAAGGCCUCUCCAACUUACAGCAUCUUCGCAUUUGGUAUUGUCCCAAAUUGAAGAAAAGAUGCGCCCAAAGGAGGGGCCCCGAAUGGUCCAAGAUCUCCCACAUACCCAAUAUCCAAAUCCAUGGCAAGGAUGUGCGGGGGAAAUACAAACCCUCCAUGGAUUUGUGGUUCUAAAUAUUUUGCGCAUCUACUCAGGCCUCAGGGUUCCUCUAAAGCUAGCAUCAAUCACUCAAGCAGCCAUGGCCUAAUUGUGAACUAAUGCAUAAUCAAAUGCUUAGAUUAGCCAAUUGUAAAUCUCUAAUGGAGUAGAAGACUAGCAAGACUAACAAUCAAAAGCCAUCAUUUUUGAGGCAAUCUAAUUUUCCUGCUCUGAAACCAAAAAAAUAUCAUGAUGAUUGGAGGGAAUUAUCACACUAGGGACCUAACCAGAUGAGUAGUCCUCUCUUUGAGUUGUUGAGGCUCAUAAACAGAUUUAGCUAUUCUACAGUCAUGUAGUUUUCGAUUUAUGACCUCAUUUUGAGGUGCAAGUUUACUGGUAUAUAGACAUUUGUCUUGUUGAUCAAAGUCUUGAGCUGUCUUGGAUUGCCAGUCUAAGUGGACUGCCCUACAAAGGGUUACUGUGCCAAAUGCCUGAUUAUUUGUGCAAGCUGAACUGUUAUUUCUUCAGUGGCUCUCUCUUGUUAGAACCUACACCGGAGUUUCUUUAGGGAUUUAUCAAACAAUGGUUUAAUCAGAGAAGUGCAAAACUUCUGUCUCAGCUAGUCUUGUUGAAGAAACUUCAAAAUUUAGCUUGUUAGUAAUUCUAUUUUAGCGGGAGCUUUUGAUGUACUCCUUGUCUUCUUACUCUGCUAAUAUCUCGGAGAUGGGGAAUGCAAUGAAAACAGAAUGAUUGGAGCUGAAAUUCAGUCUAUUUCAGUGUUCAUCAAAGCUGGAAAACAUUUACAAGAAUGCAUGUAGCAGUUCAUUUGUUCGUUUUGAUUCAUGUCUUAAAGCAGAUGCGAACAAGAUUAUAUGCGUCACUUUCUAAAAUGCAAGGGGCAGUUAGAGAUAGAGGAUGUGAACGAGAAAAAAAGACGUACAUCAAAAGAAAAGUGCCUCUGUUCUUUGCCUUGGAAAGCUAUGGCAGAAAUCCGCUAAGGCUCAUAAAGUGUCUUCAAGUGGACGCUGUAAUAUGUUUCAGUGUCUGAACCUGUACCUGUUUCAUUCUCAUUUGUUCUCCAUUUUCUUGUUGUAUUACUUGUUUUCUCUUUCCUCUUGCUGUUAUUGUGAUUGUUUGAAGAUGAUUUUUUAGUGCUCUCUUGAUAUAGUAGAGCUAUUUUUCAUGGACUAGAAGCGCCGUGGUUUACUUUUCUAUU